AUGAUUAUGUCACUCUGCGAUAAGCCGGAUAAGCCUAAUCAGUCCGAUAAGGCCGUGUUAUCGUCGGAUCCGUUCCAGAGCUUCUCCGGUUGCCCCAUCAUUGCGUGUCGCGACUAUAUCAUCGGGUUUGGAAAGCACCCAGCAAUGGAGACCUCAAGGAAAAAUGCAAGCUCACAGCGAUUACCGCCACCAGCGUUAUUUCAAGGUCCCCCAUCUCACAAUGCUUCCAAUAUCUCCCUUUCAGUACCAUCUGCCCCAAUAGCAGGCAAUCAGCCUCCAACCUUCGACCGAAAUCAGCCAUCAAGUGAUCCUCGUGCGAAAGCUGGAAGCCGGGGCUUACAUUCCCCUUUUCUCUCGAGAAACUCGUCCAAAAAUGAUGUCGACGGAUCAGACGCUAUCUGGCAGGAGAUGCAAAGUGCCUUAUCAGAAGUCGAGUUAAGUGCCGCAACGAGCGAACAUGUAUUUGGCGAGAAGCACGCAGAAGCAUUGGAGGAUCUACGAAUGAAGCAGUUGAAACUCGCUCAGGCCUGGGCACGCAGCGAGGCUGAUGAUGAGGUGGUAGAUUCGAGCCGCAACACUGCGAAUGGGGAGAACACAACUCGACAGCAUGCUUCGGCGGAUGAGGCAAGCACCGACGUUCCGACAAGUGAACAAAAUCCCACUAAGGACCGAGUCUCCUAUCAUGGGCUAGAUGAAGAGACUGAGAAGGAUAUUAUUAUUGCGCGCAAAAGACGCGAGGCGAAUGAUCGUUACUUUGACCGUGUCAACCAAGGAGUCUUAGACGUGGUUGCCAAACUCGAAGAGGUUUCACAGGCAAUGCGAGCUGUGGAGCGGGAAAGUAAAGAUAUUUGGAGUGACAGUGAUAGUGUGACCACAGCAGAUCCCUCAUCAGCAUAG